GCGCCAGGCUCCGGAGCGAGCCGCGGGGCCAUGGCCGCGCCGCGGGAGAUCGGCACCUUCGUGGUGUGGGACUACCUGGUGUUCGCCGGCAUGCUGGUCAUCUCGGCGGUCAUCGGCGUCUACUACGCCUUCGCGGGGGUCGGCCAGCAGACCUCCAAGGACUUCCUGAUGGGCGGCCGCAGGAUGAACGCCGUGCCGGUGGCGCUGUCCCUCACCGCCAGCUUCAUGUCGGCGAUCACCGUCCUGGGCACCCCCGCGGAGGUCUACCGUUUCGGGGCCAUAUUCAGCAUCUUUGCCGUCACCUACUUCUUGACGGUGGUGCUCAGCGCCGAGGUCUUCCUCCCAGUGUUCUACAAACUGGGAGUGACCAGCACCUACGAGUACUUAGAGCUUCGAUUUAAUAAAUACGUCCGUCUCUGUGGAACAGUCCUCUUCGUUGUUCAAACAAUUCUGUAUACUGGAAUUGUUAUCUAUGCUCCUGCACUGGCUUUGAAUCAAGUCACGGGAUUUGAUCUAUGGGGCGCGGUAGCGGCCACCGGGGUGGUCUGCACAUUCUACUGCACGCUGGGUGGUCUGAAAGCUGUUAUCUGGACAGAUGUUUUCCAAGUUGGGAUCAUGGUGGCUGGAUUUGCGACUGUGAUCAUACGGGCUGCGGUGGUUCAAGGCGGAAUCGACACUAUUUUAAGUGACGCCUAUGAAGGUGGAAGAUUAAACUUCUGGAAUUUCGAUCCUAACCCUUUACAAAGACACACAUUCUGGACCAUUGUUAUAGGAGGUACCUUCACGUGGACCAGCCUGUACGGUGUUAACCAAUCUCAAGUGCAGAGAUAUAUUUCCUGUAAAAGCAGAUUCCAGGCAAAAAUGUCUCUUUACAUCAAUCUUCUGGGACUCUGGACAAUCCUCACUUGCUCAGUGUUUUGUGGGCUCGCCCUGUAUUCCAGGUACCAUGACUGUGAUCCUUGGACAGCCAAGAAAGUGUCUGCCUUAGACCAGCUCAUGCCUUAUUUGGUAAUGGACAUUCUGCGAGAUUAUCCGGGACUUCCUGGACUUUUUGUGGCCUGUGCGUACAGUGGGACAUUAAGCACAGUGUCCUCCAGUAUUAAUGCCUUAGCAGCAGUAACAGUGGAAGACGUGAUAAAACUACGCUUCCGAUCGCUCUCAGAAAGGUCUCUGUCUUGGAUUUCCCAAGGAAUGAGCGUGUUGUUUGGAGUCCUGUGUAUCGGAAUGGCCGCGCUGGCAUCGGUGAUGGGCGCUUUGUUACAGGCGGCCCUCAGCAUAUUUGGCAUGAUUGGCGGACCACUUCUGGGCAUGUUUUCUUUGGGCAUUUUGGUUCCCUUUGCCAACUCAAUUGGAGCACUUGCCGGUCUGAUGUCUGGAUUUGCCGUUUCUCUCUGGGUUGGAAUCGGAGCUCAGCUUUACCCUCCAUGCUCCGAGAGAAUGCUGGUCUUACACCUUGAAACCUACGGCUGCAACAGCUCAUCCAACGGGACGAGUUGGGUGACAGCCACAGAGAUGCCAGUGUCUACCAGUGCUUUUCAAAUCCACAACGUUGAAAGGACCCCGCUGAUGGAUAACUGGUAUUCUUUGUCAUAUCUGUACUUCAGCACCGUUGGAACUUUGGUGACAAUAUUCGUGGGGAUACUUAUCAGUUUACUAACAGGAGGAAGAAAACAGAACGUAGACCACAGAUUCCUACUAACCAAAGAGGACUUUUUAUCCAACUUUGAUAUUUUUAAGAAAGAGAAGGCUGUUUUAAGCUACAAAUCUCAUCCAAUGGAAGAUGGCGGAACUGAUAACCCUGCUUUCAACCACAUUGAAUUGAACUUCACUGAUCAAAGUGGCAAGAUCAAUGGCACUCGUUUGUGAAGCAGCGCUGAUACUAACUGAUCUUAAAUA